GCAUACAGGCGACACUCGAGAAAGCUGCUCUCCCAAGGUCGUCAAUUGCGAGUCACUUAGUGCACACAUUACAGGAGAAAAGCAGACUCACGCAAAAAUGGGCAAGACACUCCUUGGUGAAGUGCUCUCGGGGUACAUCAUAGACGUACCAAAUCUUGUGGAAGAGAAGUUAUCGGACAAGGUGCUUGGCCGCGGACUGGGGAGAUGGGUCUACGGAGCCGGCUCCGAAAAGGCGAAAAGUUUUACAACGAAAGUGUCGAAUAUGGUCUCAUAUUUGAAGGAGAAAUCGAUAUUGGGGAAGAUAGGGAGCUAUUCACGGCCCGAGAAACAAUGGGUCCCAUGGCGGGCGACAAAACGAGCACUGCUUGAAGAGCAAUCAAAGAAGCUACAGAAGAAAGAAGAGGAAGAACAAACGCAAGAGAAACCGCAGGCUGAGCAGCCUAUGCAUCCUAAACAAGAACACCCAUCCGCGAGCGAAACGAACGUGAAGAAAACGGCUCGCGAGGAUGACAAGCGACUAUCUGAACUGUCGGAUGAGGAAAACACCGCGAAUUUCCUCAAUGCUAUCGGGGACAAUAUUCGAGAAAUGCAUAACAUCGACAGACUCGCGUUUGAUGACCGUGUUUUCUCAGCACGCUUCCGCCAUUGCUCCCCUGCUGAUGCUGCCGUCGACUGCAUUCGCAAGCCGGACUUGGUCGUACUUGAACGCUGGGCUGCCGAUGCACCUGAUGCGAUGUGGCGCGAUAUUAAGGCUCUUCUCGAGAUCAAGCGCUUGGGUUCAGAGGCAGCCCAAAAGGAUGCAUAUCGAGAAUUACUGAAUUGUGUCAGGAUGGUCUUUGCCGCCCAGGUAGACCGUCGUUUUGUGAUGGGAGCGACGGUUUGCGAAAAUAUCAUGACAUUCUACAUCUUUGAUCGUAGCGGUUGUCUGGUCUCGGAGACGUUCGAUAUGAACGAGAACGUUGAACAAGUGGUACGAGUCGUGUGUGGGAUGCUGUUCGUGGACGAGAUCAGAUUAGGAUAUGAUCCAACUAUCUCCAGGGACAAGGAUGGACGGAUUGUGGUGAAGUUCAAGGGCGUGAAGUACACAUGUGCUGAGGACCCGCUGUAUGUUGAGAAGUCCGUACGGGGACGCGGGACUGGAUGUUUCGAAACUCUUUAUCUUGGGGAACCAGCUGUGAUCAAGGAUGCGUGGGUGGACGACUCCCGGAGUCGUCUUGAGCACGACAUUCUUGAGAUUGUGAAGGAUGUUGAGGGCGUGGUGAAGGUGGUGGACCAUGAGAUUGUGCAGGUACCGAAUGAUGAUGACGAGUGGCAGAAUGACACGACAUCCAGCAAUAGAAAGACGCUGAUUGAGCACGAUCAUUGGAAAACAGAUGCGAAGUGGACUGGGUUCGACUUGGUUGAGACUCGGACGCAUCGCCGGAUUAUCUUACAGCCGUGUGGUGGGCCGCUCGAAGGAUUUGCGAAUCUGCGAGAAUUGCUAGUUGCAAUCAAGGAUGUCGUCAAGUGUGGGUUGUUCAUCUCCUCUUGGUUUUUCUUUUGUUGCUGACUGUCAGCCAAUAUGUAUAGGCGUCCAGGAUAUUCUGAAGAAGGGUGUUCUACACCGAGACAUUAGUAUGCGGAACAUCAUUCUUGCGAAGGCGGAUCCUAAAGAUCCAAAAUCUCGGAUACGCGCUUAUCUUAUUGACUUCGACUACGCGUUAGUUCUGAAGGAUCAGGAGCAAGGCGUUGCUAAGGGCGCUCGAACGGUGAGCCUCACUCAUUUCCUUUAUCUCUCUUUUCCUCAGUGUCAACCAUGCACCUUACAGGGUACAUUGCCGUUCAUGGCACUUGAAAUGUUAACGGAUGGGACAUCGAAUGAUGUUCCCCAUGCAUAUUAUCAUGAUCUUGAGUCGAUAUUCUAUACUCUGUGUUGGAUUUGCACGUUUCAGGAGGGCCCUAAUAACACCGAGCGUGAUCCCCGAACGUUCGACUUCAGCAAAUCUGAAGUUGCGAAAUGGACUGGAGCGGGUAUGGAGAAUCCGAAACUCGACGACAUCCGAAGGUGCAAGGCAGAGGCGGUCAAGAUCGGAAACGAGUUUAUCGAAAAAGUGGUAACUCAAUUUGCGCCGUACUUCGAGCCCAUCAAGGAUUGCGUUAUCAACUUGCGCGAUGUGAUGGUUAACGUAAGCUCGAAGCCGAAAGACCCCCGUGCCGUGGAAAGAACCAAUAAACACAUUGCUACCGUGGACUCAUGCAAACAAGCCGGCACGCCUAUCUCUCCAGACAUGUUAAUGUUUAUUCCUAGCUCCUUACGAGAACCCUGCGAUGUAUUCGAUACAAUCUACAAAAUCAUCGAAGGGACUCUUGACACUCUGGUCGAGCCACCACUGCCGCCAGCUUGCACUCCAGAAGCAAAGGCCAAAGCGAAGGCAGAGGAGGAGGCGAGGAAGGAAGCCAAGCAGAUGAAGUUCAGGAAGUACAUGUCGAUCCGUGAGAUGCAAGAAGAGACGGAAGCCAAUCUAAGGGUCAAGGAGAGCGAGGCCACAGAGGAGGCAGAAGAGGUGAAGAGGAAGAAGAGGCAGAUGGACGAGAAAGAGGAGGAGGAGGAAAAGAAAGAGGAGAGGGACGAUCCGGCAUAUCAGUCGUGGGCACGUGCGACGUCUGGUCGCUAUUCUCUUCGGAAGCAAGCUGCAAUGAAUCAAUUGAAUGCACGGAACACCUCAAGCUCAGUACCAGGUCUGACUCACUCGGGUCCUUCGGACUCGGUGUCUGGUACCAGUUCCAGGUCAGUCCCGUCAUCGCCAUCGUUGUCGUCUCCGAACCCAGCCUCGCGGAUUGACCCGCCAUCUUCAAUGGAAUCUAUCGGAUCUAAGCGCCCUUUCGAUGAUGACGAUGAGAAAUCCCGGCAUAGGGCCCGGAUGCGCAAGGAGGAGGAGAAACAACAGCAGUUACCUCAGCCAAAAGGACCAUACACCCAACACCCUUUUGGUGACAGUUCUAUGCCUUCGUCGGUUGAAUCGACUCGGUCCAAGCGGUCAUCGGCUGAAAGUUUGGAUGACGAUUCGGUUACGAACGAUUCUCAGAAACGAAUGCGGCUUGAGAAACUCUGAGGCUACUGCUGUCGAGUGUCGCUGGGCUGCUACUGUAUUUUUUAUUUUUAUUUUUUUGGUUUUGUUGUGACACUUUGGUUUACAUCCUUUUGUUUACCUGUUUUACUUUUGGGAUGGAUCUUCAUACACAAUUGCAUCAUUAUACUCCUACCUACAGUUGAAUCUGCGUUUUCUUCACUUUUGCAUUGCUUUUAGUAGUUAUAUCAUUUUAUUUGUUGCUUG